GUCUUCUUCUCUGUUCUAUUAUUUAUAAUCACUUGGAAAAAAUAUCUUUCUUUAUCUGUCUUCUUCUCUGUUCUAUUAUUUAUACAAACUUGGAAGAAGUAUCUUUCUUUAGCAGAACAGAAGAAGAAAAGAAACACUCAUGGCUCUGUCUUCUAGCUUCUCAGUUUCCGUGUUUCUCUUGUUCAUUGUGUCGGUUCAAUGGACUCUUGUUUGCAGUGAAUCCACAAUCUUAGCUUCUCCUGCUGUCUUACCGUAUGUUAAUGCACCGGAUAUGUCCUCGUUUUUCCCUUCUCCGACCAAAGACCUGACAUUCGAUACUGCUGCAUCUCCUGCUCCAGAAACAGAGGCCCCUGGUCCUAGCUCAGGCCAGUUUAAUGGGAAGAUUGCAGGCAUCUCGAUGCAGCUACGUCCUGAUCUUUCUUUACUUCUGGCCAUUGUUGGGAUCUGUAGCUUUCUAUCUGUACUUUAUUGAUGUUGUAAUCUUUGUGUUUUCGCUUUAAGAGUGUUGUCAUCUUUCCUCCGUCGAGUUUUUUCUUGUUCUAUAUCUCACGAAAACUUCCACAUUUACUACGUUGAUACUGUUACACUUAUGUGUAUUUAUUUAUAUAAGAAAAUAUAAUUAAACAGUAUA